UCAAAAUAAAGGUAUUUGCCCGCCCAAAAUGUUCCGAUUAUCGCACAAAAGUACCGAUAAAAAUUCUUGUGCAUCCAAAAGUCGCUUGUAUAUCUGAUCUAACAACGUGAAAAAAUAGCAAAAUAUUGUCUGGCUACUGAGAAAAAUAGUUCCGAUCCACGAUCCAUCCAUAUAUUAAUAUUAAUAUUAUCAUCUAAUAGGAAAACAUUUUAGUUUCCCUCUAUUGAUCAGACACUUUUCACCUUCUUCGAUAUGCACCUUUUAUAUCGAUAGCGUGCACUAAUAUAUUUGUUGUUUAUGACCGAUAUCGGACUCACCUUGUUGUGCUAAUACACCGAGUAAAUUGUAAAUAUUCUCAGGAACAAUUUGGUCAAAAAUGAAUUGUUGCAUUUGCCAGUUUUCUGUGCGUGUUUCAAAAAAUAUACAUACUGAAACAGUAGGACGCCCGCCAGUUCUUCUCAGUGAACUGGUUCUACAGUGCACAAAGGGCACAAAUUACGAGCUAAGCGAAGAGGCGUCGACGAUAUGCAAAAAAUGCUGUGAGAAGUUGAAACGGUACCACAAGUCAAUACAAAUCGCCAGGAAACUGCGUCAAGAGAUCUUGGAGCUGAUAAACAGUCCCUUUACCACAAAGAACCUGAGAAGGGUGCCAUCGUGUGACAUCCAAGUGGAGCGCAUCGACAAAUUCGAUGCCCAUAUAGAAGUGAGCGAAGCUGAGGAAGAGGAAUACUUGGACAAUGAAACAGAGACAGUCGAGGAUGCCUCAAUCACAGCGGAGGAUGAGGGUGAAGAGCAUUCAUUCGUUUUGAAGGAUGCGACUGUCAUAGAGGAGGACGAGUUUCAGUCGGUCGACCUAGAGCUAGAUAUUGAUAACGAGAUCAUUAUAAAUGAUGAGGAGGCCUUGGAAGAAGGGGAAGUGCACCUCAAGGAUGAAGCUGAAGCAGAAGCAGGCGAAGCCGAACUAUUCAAGGAGGAGACCAUGAGUGAAUUUGACGACCACUUGGAGAACACAAUCGAGUUUUUAGACUCGGAUGUCGAAGAUGACCAAGACCAAGACAGCUCGGGCGACUACACCGUAAAUAUUCAGUGUCCGAGUUGUCCCGAGAAGUUUGGCAGCCGGCGCGGCUACAAUGCCCACACAAAGCGCGAGCACUUCCCGGGGUACGUCUGUGAUCAGUGCGGGAAGACCUUGCAAUCGUAUUCCGGCUUCAUUGGGCACCUGCAGAACCACGAACCUGUCAAACAGUUUGCCUGCCCCGAGUGCCCCGAACGCUUCAGUCGAAAAUUCCGGCUGAAACAUCACAUGGCCUGGCACACCGGAGAGACGCCCUACCAGUGCGAGGUGUGCUCCAAGCGCUUUGUCCAUAAAGUGGCCCUCUACAAGCACAAAAUGAUUCACGACAACGAGACGAAGCGGCUCGAGUGCCAGGUGUGCGGAUUCAAGACCCGAACGAAAGCCCACUUAGAGCGGCAUAUGCGGUCUCACACCGGCGACAAGCCUUUCGCUUGCCCAUUGUGCAACAAGCGUUUCUCCCAAAUGUACAACAUGAAGGCCCAUCUGCGGGAGCACGAGAGUCCUGGCACCAACAGACAUCGGCGUUUCCACUGCCCCAAAUGCACCCACACCUUCAUCAACGAACAGAACUACGUGACCCACGUAGAGCGCAAUGACUGCACCGCCGUUUAGGGAUCAGAUCGAUUUCAGAUUCACAUAUUGGUUCUUUACUUCGAGUUUCAUUUGGAUUUGGAUGUGAGAGGCUAGCAUCAGCGUCAGGAUGGGACAUGACAUCCUGACAUGCUGAUACGCUGACAUGGGACAUGCUCAUCUCCCCAUCCGCAUCUUAUGUCCAGUUCGAAUGAAAUCGUUUCGAUUAUGUUCUAUCCAUGUAAUUUUUUUAUUAAAUCUAUAUGCAUUUCACAAAUAAAAUAUGUUUGAUAUAAUAAAUUUAUCCGUUAUUUGCAUUUGCAUUUGCAUAUUUCUGCGGUUAUUUCAGUUUUCUUAAAAAAAUAUGUAUAGUAUGUGUGGUGUAUGCAUAAACUUAUUUCAAUAAAUCAUCCGAUCCUGUA